AUGGGAGAGGAGGUUUCCUUGCACACAAAGCUGAAGCUCUCCCUGGCACAGAGUGUCACUGAGAUCAGCCUUGCCAUCCAGGCUGUGGCUGCUGGCUCCAGGUUUGAGCUCUGCAGCAAGCGGGAGCUGCUGCAGACCCUGCUGGAGGUGAUUCAGGAGGAGCCCCGGGAGUCCCUGGUGUGCCCCCCGCCCUGGGCCCUUGUGGCCAUGCAGCAGUUGAGCAAGCUGCAGCCCCGUCUGAGCAGGGAGGAAAACUGCAGCCUCCUGGCUCAGUGCUGCCAGGGCAUCAUGUGCCUUCGUCACCUGGAGCAGAUGGAAGAGGAAGGGGAGAUGGUGGCGGCUGCUCCACGAUGCGCAUGCGCCAUCCCUGCAAGUGCUGGGCCAGCUCAUAGCAGCUCUUCUCCAGACAGAGUCGGUCCCUGCCUGCUUCGAGGACAUGGUGCAGCAAGACUGUGCCUGAAAGCAGUUCAGGUCUCUGGCGAGUGGAAAGAUGCCCAUGGUGAGAUGGUUCCACCCGACACCCCUCGACAGCCCCGUCCUUCCCAGCCCUGCUGUCUCCACAGCCCUGGUCUCUCCCAAGUGCCCCAGCCCCAGGGGACUUUUAGGGCCUCUGACAAGCGAUGUGCUGGCUGGAUCCUCCCAGAGGGCAGUGACCUGCCUGGGCAGCCUGCUCCAAACAGGAGCUCCAACCGAGACUACAGAAGCGGCAACUGAAGACAUUGGGUACCUGCGUGAGAGGCUGAAUGCUGAUGAUGCCGAGUCUCUGCUGUCGACCUCCAUUGUCAUCGCAAGGGAAACUGGCCCCCAAAAAGCGGGGUGGGGGCCCGGUGCCAGGCUCCUGCCCAUUUCCCUGCUCCCUCCAGGGUCUCACGCCCUUCCCCGAGUGAGCUGUCGCACAGGGACAUGUGGGCAUAAGCAUGGAGCAGGAGGCUGGAGACAUCGGUCCUUUUGGCCCAUGGUGAAAGGAGGAGAUGCUGGGCGGGGGGGAGUGUGCACAUGCGUGUGCUGUUGUCAGGACAUGAGUUUUGCGUCUGAGCAACCUGUGACGUGGUCUCUUCCGUUUCUGAUUUCUCCUCAGACUGUUUGCAGAUAUUUCCCCUGAGGCCAGGCCACAGACUUCAUGAACACCACUGUGGAGAGCUUGCUGUGUGCCAGGCCCGUGUGCAUGUGAGCUGCUGGGUGGUGGAUGCUCAUGUUUCUGGGGGAGUGUGGAGAGCAAAUACUCCAGGAGGAGGUACCUGGCACCACUCUCACCAACAGCUGUUACUCGACAGCCUCCUCUGGAAGUGCCUGCCCACGGACGGGUCUGUGCACUUCCCCUUCCUUCUGCAGUCAGACUCAGCCCCAGGGCGCACCUGCAUGGGGGGUCCCAGUCAGAAGCAGGUGGUUUUUCCCCAGGAAGGGUUGAGCGUUGCAGGACUGUGGGCUAGUGUCCCUGUCCUGACCUGCCAUUGCCAGCCCCGAUGCAGGCGAGGGGAGCGUUUGGCCUCUCGUGAGGGCAUCGCAGGUACCCAGGGAUGUGGGCUCACGGGUGAGCAUCUGUUCCCUUGCAGUGACAUGGUGGAGCCCUGGAGGAGCCUGGGGAGAAGUGCCCUGGGUGCCAUUUGCUGGUGUGCUUAACAAAAUAAUUAAGGGCAGCUGGAAAGAGCAGCCACAGGAGUGACUGCUGUGCUCAGGAGUUGGGCAGCAGCCAGGCUGCCCUGGAGCCUCGCACGGUACGGUCAGCAAUGGAGGCAUUUUGUGAUGCUUCGCGUCUCCUUUCCAACUUGUGCUUCAGUGCGAGGGAGUUCCGUGACCUUCGCAAGCGCCCGUGAAGCCUUGUGGAGUGCUCUGCCAGGGCGGUGGCAGUGUUGGCAGUGGCAGUGUUAGCGGUGUGGGGAGCUGGGAGAGUUUGCUGCUCCUGUGCCACAAGGCUGUCACUGAAGUGAGAAUUGGGAGACAGUAGAAGCUCCCCAGGCUGAUGGGGGGACCUGGAUGGUGGGAAAAGCCCUUGUUUUACCAGGUGGUUCUUGGUUGAAUUUCUCUGCAGAUCAUCUAGGCUGUCUCUGAGGUGGUGUUGGUGCUGCACAGCGCAACGCUGGUCCAGCGCCUGCUUCCCUGUCUGCUUCUCAGCCUCCUGGGGCAGGUCAGGGAGAUGCUGGGGGAGGAGCUGGCGCUGUCCCCCGGGGGAGCUGGGGAGUGCCGACACACCAGGCAGGUGAAGAGCGCCAGGGGCUAGUUUUCUGUUAGCUUGAGACUUGAAGAGUGUGGAGUGUCAUUUCAGGGGUACUUUGCCUCUCCCUUGGUGCAGUUUAGGAUGAGUGAAUGAAUACCUCCCAAAGUGGCUGAGCUGUUUUAGCUCUGCUAAAGACAAAUCUUCCCCUGAAGUUCUGCGACUGGAGAUUUCUCUUGGCCCUUGUCACUGGUGCUGCUGGGGAGGGAAAGUGAAGGGGUGUUUGCCUCUUUGCCAGGCACCCCCGAGCCUGGCUGGGACAUGCACCUGAGCUUGGUCAGCUGCGGCAGAGCUCCUGGGGGCCCUGGGCCUGAAUGCAGAUUCCUGCCAGGAGGUGCCACCCCACGCGGGCCUGUGUUCGAGGCCUCCCCCAGCACCCUGCAGCUCUGCUCUUAGCAGCUGCCCGGCCCUGCAGCUGGAGCCGGGCCGGCCCAGAGGGAAAGCCCUGCUGCAGGGGAGCCUGUUGGGGGCUGUAGGGCUUCCUGAUGCUGGAGCCCCAGGAUGCAGCUAUUGCUGCGCCUUGCCUGGUGUGAAUCACGUCCUGAUGCUAGCGGCCAUGUGGCUUUAUUGCAGCUGAUGAAGGACCGAAUGGUGGAGGAGAGCAAGCUCCUGAAGCCCCUCUUGGAGGCCUUAGUAGAAAGAUCUUGUGACCUUGUGAGCACUGUGUGGCAAGUGGCCAUGAGGGGCGUGGGCAACAUGGCCAGUGGAGCACCUGCGAAGGAGGAAGAGGUGCUGUGCUACUCAGCCUUUGCCCGCUACGGCACCCUGGCCUCCUCUGCCUUGGGGAAGAGGUCCUUUUUCAGCAGAGAGGUGGAGGAAGUGUUUCCCAGCCCUGUGCUGCAUCUCCGGGAUGUGGCCCCGGCCAUCUGCAAGGCAUGCAAGGUUGCUCUGCAUCAGUACUCCCUGUUUUGGGGGUCGAAGAGGGCGCAGCAGCGUGUAACCGUGAGUGCCGGGCUGAGCAUGGCCAAGCUGCAGGACGAGGUCUGCAAUCACCUAGUGAGUGAGCUCUGCGCCAGGGCUGUGUCUAUGCAGCCGGCUGCCCCCAUGGCAUGCCACAUGGGUGCCUGGCUGUGGGUGGGUGGAAGGGCAUUUGCAGCUGGAGACAAGAUCCUGUGUCCCUGCUUUGCCCUAUGCCUGAGACUGCCCCGUGCUGCUGGAGAGGCUCCUGAGCACGACCCAGAGCUGCUGCACGGGGAGCUGCUGGGCACCGCAGGCGGCAGCCGUCACCAUCCUGGAUGAGAGGCAGCUCUGGGCUCUCGCACUGCUCCCAGCUGCAGCCCCCGGGUUGGGGUCUGGGGCUGGCUGUGCCACCCCUCUGUGUGCAGCUGCAUCCAAACCCACAGCACGGGCUGGGGUCAGGGUCUGGGUUUGGGGCUGUGCCCUGAUGGCUGCGUUUCCCCACGUGCCAGGUGUCCUCCUGGACACAGCGCUGGCCAAGUGGCUGCAGCAGUGGGACCUGGCAUUCCUGUUGGGAGGUAGGUGAGGUGACUGAGCUCCCACCCUGAGGGCUGAGGAGGCAUCUGGAGGCCCCGCAGGCAGGUGCUGCUAGCCAGCAGGAUGUGGGGAGGGAGGACUCGCGUGGCCUCCAGGCUCCUGGCCAGGGAAGCUGCCUCCAGCCAGGCACUGAGGGGCGCUGGGGAUGGUGGUGAAAACGGCGGCCGAGCGCCUGCAGUUCUUCCCUGCAGUGUCAUUGCAACUUGGCAGGGCUGGCAGUGCACUGAGGCCCCCUGUGUGGGGGGUCCUGACAGCCUGCUGCAGGAGGGCAAUAAAGCUCUGUCCAUGCAGGGAUGGUGCCGCA